GUCUAAGUUGAGGUAAGAACAUAAAAUAUUGAAAAACGGUGGUGUUUUCCUUUUAAGACCAAGCUAUUUUUUAAGACAAGAUGUGUGCAAUGCAGACUACACAUGUCUUAAGAUAUACUAUAUACUCCUAAGCAAAUUUGCAAUAUUAAUUUGAUCAUAAUAUACUCCUUCAAUACUGUCGUAUUAAUUUAGCAUGUGGCAGUAGGAACUGUUACAUGACAAAAGUGACCUCAUUGGACUGCCAGAUUACUCGUCUAUCUCCUAAUGAGAUUAUAUAGCACUGUUAGCAGUGGAGAACUAGAAAUCACAGUAAAUAUCAUGGCUUGUGUGAACCAACACACACUUGGCAACAACAGAACCGAAAACUGUGAUAGUGACUCAGAUGAAGGGUGUAGACAAUAUAACCAAAUGGCUUUGGAGAAAUUGUCUGUUAUUGAGAGACUGGGCCCAAACAGUGUUGACAUGACAGAGGAAGAAUUAGAGGCAGCUUUCUCUGAGCUGUCUUUGUCCUUUCGCUGUGAUCAGUACACCCUGUGCCAACGACUGGAAGCAGAGGAACAUGCACGAAACAAGGCAGAGAGCAACAUUAAACUUGAAGUAGAAAGAGGCAUGGAAAUGCUUCAGACUCUUAAGGGAAUGUGUGUAGACACCAAGCGGGUGAGUCUUCUUCAGCAGAUUGAGCUUUGUCUUAGCAUUAUUGGAAACACAAUUGGACGAAUUUCCAACACAGCGGAGGUUCUGGGGGCUGUUCAUCAGGAGGUUAAAUCGAGCCGUGCGGUUGAACUGAUGGUGGCUCAUGUGCAGAACCUGAAACGUCGUCACGAGAGAAACAGCACUGAGCUGGAGGAGAUGAAGAAACAGAUUGAAAGCAGCAGAGAGCGACAGGCCUGUGAACAGAGGGAGGAAACUGAAGCAAUGGAAAAGGACUCACAUAAGGUACUCAUCAAAUACAUUGCCUGUCUUCGGUCUCACUCGCAGUCUCAAUUACGACGCAGAAUCAGUGUAUCUAUCAUCUCAAAGCAAAGCCAGAGACACAAAUCUUUGGAAUCGCAAGCCUCAAUUUUAUUGACCAAUGAGAAAGGGGAAGAAAGAGAAUCAAUCACAAACAAACAAGACCAAGCAAAUGCAAGCCUUCUAGAGGACAGAAGGCAAGGACUAUACCCAAAGGACAGUCCCUCGCAAACAGCAGACGCUGAUACUCCAGAGAUGUCAUCUACCGCUUCAGCUCAAACUCCUCCAAAACAGAGGAAUGAGAUGGACACGGCUCACUUCAAAAAGCAGAGGAGGAAGUCGGUCUUGCAGUGUAGCUCUGAUUGGCUGAAGAGAUCUGUGCACUACCUUAGAAACUGUGAUAGAUUUGUUAUGAGCUUACAGCGCCCCCUGCUGCAGUGGCUGUAUCAUUGUCGCUGGAUAAUCCUUGUCGUCUAUUUGACUGUCCUUUGCUCAAUCUUAAUAUUAGCAAUUUUUGUUUGGAUUCUGCAGAUGCCUAUCUUAUGGAUGUAAAUGAAAACAAGAGAAAAAUUAUUUUAUAAAAUACAAAUGAGUUUUAUUGAUGAAUCUUGAAAAACUGGUUGUGAAAGCUUUUGGUUACUGUUUGUAUAGGAUUUUUUUCUGUGAUCUGUAUUUUAAAAUGUAAAAUGCAUGAAAAUAAGUCAUGAUAUGCUAGUGUGAAUCUGUGGUACUGUUUAUUGAAGUGUAUUAUAAAUAAUAUAAAAUAUAAUUUAUAUGUAGUUAGUAUACAAACAUAAAAAAA